UUUUUUCAUCAUGGAGUUUGAGAAGGAAAUGUCCCAAUGCUGUUAAAGGGAUGAAAAACGUGAAUGAAGCUGUGUUCUGUGUUUGAGCAGCUGACGACUGAACAUGAGAAGUUUGAUCCUGUUCACACUGUGUGUGUCCACGUGUGUCCUCAUGGUCGACAGUCGACAUCCGACCUGUAACUUCAUGCUGGAGGUGGAGCGAGAUCAGACUGAGUGUGUGAGGCGUCUGAGUGAGGACGAGGAGGAGGAGGCCAGAGGCAGCAAAGCUCCAGGUUGCAGAGGAUUGUGGGACAGCAUCGCGUGCUGGAAUCGCGCUGAUGUCGGAGACACCGUCACCAUCGCGUGUCCCCGCGUCCUCAAGACUUUAUUUGGCAGAAACGGUAACAUCAGCAGGAACUGCACGUCGACAGGAUGGUCCGAGGUUUUCCCGAACAUCAGCAGCGUGUGCGAGUCUGACCCGAGCCAGGAAAAGCUGCUAUUCUACGUGGUGGUGAAAACUCUCUACACUCUGGGCCACAGUCUGUCUUUGAUUGCCCUCGUCACAGGCAGCGCCAUCCUGUGUCUGUUCCGGAAGCUCCACUGCACCAGGAACUACAUCCACCUCAACCUCUUCUUCUCGUUCGUCCUGAGAGCCGUGGCUGUGCUGGUGAAAGACGACAUCCUCUUCAGCCGAACGUCGCAGUGCUCCAAGCAGCCGUCACUGUUGGACUGUAAGGUCAGCCUGGUCUUCCUUCAGUACUUCGUCAUGGCGAACUUCUUCUGGCUGCUGGUGGAGGGUUUGUAUCUUCACACUCUGCUCGUCGUCAUCUUCUCUGAGAACAGACACUUCAUCGUCUACAUGUUCAUCGGCUGGGGAAUCCCGACAGUGUUCGUGUUUGCGUGGGUGAUGACGAGAGUUUAUCUGGAGGACACUGGAUGCUGGGAGAGAAAUGACAACCCGAUACCAAACUGGGUGAUCAAUGGACCGAUUGGAUUCUCCAUCAUGGUGAACUUCAUCCUCUUCAUCAGCAUCAUCCGGAUCCUGGUUCAGAAGCUCAGGUGUCCUGAUGUCGGUGGCAACGACCAAUCACAGUACAGGAGAUUGGCCAAAUCCACUCUACUGCUGAUUCCUCUCUUUGGGAUCCACUACGUGGUUUUCGUUUGUUUCAGUGAAUCCAUCGCAGAGGACUAUAAAAUUUUCUUUGACCUGGCCCUCGGAUCUUUCCAGGGUUUGGUUGUGGCCAUUCUUUACUGUUUCCUGAAUAGUGAGGUUCGGUGCGAGCUGAAGAGGAAGUGGCGUAGCAUGUGUCUGAACUGCCGCCUGAGCAGAAAUCGCCAACACAACAACACUUUUGUGUCGCGGAAUGGCUCGGAACACAUGGUGCCAUUUCAUUGUAACUCCCGAACGCAGUCCAUCCUGCAGUCAGAGACGACGAUGCUGUAAGAACGCGACGACAAACACAGUCUUCAGGAAAUUCAGUAACAAACCAUGACAUGGUCCCUUUGUUACCAUCGGGUUACGAUCUAUCCCCUGAAGAGACAAAAAUGCAGGUUUAAGAUCUUGUAAAUAACACAAAAUUCAUAAUUGAGAUUAUAUUAUUGGCAUGCAGUAUAUACGUUGUGUUACGUGUUUAACAUCAGCCCCAAAAAAUUUAAAUGCUGGCAGCAUUGUGUAGGCCCACACAGCCACCGUGCUGUCAGCAGGUGGCGCUAUGCCCUUGACUUAGUUUUCAUGUGUUGAUGUUUUCUGUUCGAGUCUUGUGUCACUUGUGAAGUAUUGAGCAGAUCGGUCAAUGUACUACAAAGUUACAGGGUUACUUCCUGUUUUGUGGUGAAUGAAAAAUUCUGAUGGCUGCCAAGGCCACGCCCUUCUGAAUCUGUGAGACCUUUUUUAAAAAAAAGGCUUCUGAGGCUUCUAAAUUUUCAUCUUUGUGUAGUACAACUUGACUCUCAACUUGUUUUUUUUAAUGUUGGUACGAUUAACGUGCUCGGACGAUUGUGUUUUACAAAACGUGCAAAUUGCUGGACACCAAAUUCAAAAUGGCUGACUUCGUUUUGUGCCGAAUGUUCAAUUCCGAUGGUUGCCGUGGCCACGGCCCUCUGAAUCUGUGUGACCUUUUGAUAACUUUUCAUCUUUGAUGUGUUCAGUACAACUUGUUGCAUUUUUGUAUGUUGGUGCGAUUAACGUGCUCAGUCGAGCUCAUUCAUACGGAGCCCCUUAAGGGACAUCGGAAAAAAACAAAAAAACUAAACGUUUCUGGUGCACACGAGAUACUCCUCGUGUUUCUGGUGCACACGAGAUAAAAAGUAUCUCGUGCGCAUGAGAAAGUAUUGUAUGCGCACAUGAUGUCCGCGAACGCAGUUUUAAGAUCAUUUGAGGCGUGAAAUUAGUCAUUUAGAAUUCAAA